AGAGAGAGAGAGAGGAGAGGAGAGUGUGGAAAGCUUUCGGCUAAGCUUGCUGAAACUGGCCUCGUCUAUGCUGUAUUGGGCAGUUCGGGGAAUACAAAGAUCUUUGAAGGCCACCUUCUUUAUUGCCUUUUUCCAACACCUACCUCUUUCUCUCUCACACUCGUCUUAGCUAUAUGUCUGCCUAACAAGAGCAACACAGACGCCAUUCAAAGGAGACUUCAAGAAUGUGGGAUCUGAAUGACUCUCCCGAUCAGAGGAAGGACUAUGAAUCUGAAGGUUGCUCUUCGUUGGAUGAUGACAAAGGCAGGAGAGUGGGAUAUGUUUCAAAUUCAAGCUCCUCUGCUGUGGUCCUCGACGAUGGAUUGGAAGAAGAAGACAGUGACAGGGGUGGAAGCAGAACAUUGGAGAGAAAAAGUAGUAAAAUAUUCGGCUUUUCAGUUACACACAAUGACAGUGACCACCCGCCCGUCACCCAGCAGUUUUUUUCGGUGGAGGAUUCUGACCUUCCUGUCUCUGAAGCAGCCCCCACCGACUGCGGGGGAAGCUCCUUCCCUCGAGCUCACUGGGUAGGUGUAAAAUUCCGUCAAUCGGAAACUCUUGGCCCCGGAAAAUCAGUGAAAAUGUCGGAGCCUAUAAAGAAAAGUCGGCGAGGACCACGGUCACGAAGCUCACAGUAUCGCGGAGUUACCUUUUACAGAAGAACUGGUAGAUGGGAGUCUCAUAUAUGGGAUUGUGGAAAGCAAGUGUAUUUGGGUGGAUUUGACACAGCACAUGCAGCUGCUCGUGCUUAUGAUAGAGCGGCCAUUAAGUUCCGGGGAGUGGAGGCAGAUAUCAAUUUCAACAUAGAAGACUACGAAGAAGACUUGAAGCAGAUGAACAAUUUAACGAAAGAAGAGUUUGUGCACGUACUUCGCCGACAAAGCACUGGAUUUCCGAGAGGAAGCUCCAAAUAUAGAGGCGUAACUUUGCACAAGUGUGGAAGAUGGGAGGCUCGAAUGGCCCAAUUUUUGGGAAAAAAGUACGUUUAUCUGGGUCUGUUUGACACCGAGAUUGAAGCUGCAAGGGCAUACGACAAAGCGGCAAUUAAAUGCAACGGCAAAGAGGCCGUCACCAAUUUUGAUCCCAGCAUAUAUGAUAAUGAACUUAAUUCUGAUUCCUCAGGUGUAGCUGCUGAUCACAAUCUUGAUUUGAGUUUGGGCAAUUUGAGCUCUAGACGUGGCAAUGGUCAAAUAUCGGGGAAUCACUUCCCAAAUUCUGCGUCCGAUCAGCACCUGCCAUCUGCAUCUAAUUGGCAGAAUGGAGGAACAAAGCCUAAGCUUGUAAAUAUACUACCAAAACCAUGUGAUAGGAGCAACAUGGAAACCUAUGCAAGAGAUUGGCUUGGGGAGAGUGAAACCUUGAGACUGCUAAACCAAACUCACCUUCAAUCUCCAACGACUAAAGAAAUGCAUAGAUAUGGUCCGUAUAGGUCACCAGCCGAGCCUCAACUGUCUCACAGUUUUGCAAUUCUUCACCCACCAAAUUUUCAUGUUCCCAGCAGCAGCAGCAACGGAGGCCGUAUUGGAAGCGAUCUUUCGUUAUCAAUGUCUGAUCAACAGCAAUGGCAAGCCGGGCAUCCACAUUUGUUAGCAACUGCUGCAGCAUCAUCAGGAUUCCCACCUCAGAUUAGACCCUCCCUAAGUUGGUAGCAGAAAAAUGGGUUCCACUCCCUCGAAUGACCCUUCGAGAUUAUUUUUAUACCCUGCCAUUUUACAUUGAAAAACAAUCUCCCGUUGUUUUGUUUUCUGAGCAUGUACAAGUGGAUCCAGUUUAGAUUAUUGUUCAUGUCAUGUCCAACAUCCCCUCCUUUAGGAAAGCCCAUACAUAACUGUAACUUUACUAUUGGGGUGAAAGAAGGGAUGAAAAAAAAGGGGAAAGCCAAAUUGUGAACUCGUUGGUUUUUGUACAAUAGGUCAGUCAAGCUAACCAGCAGACGAAAUCUUGAAUUAGAUAUUCUGGGCGCUGACUAAAA